AUGGCUGUGCUUUGUCCUCCUCCUCUUCCUCCUCCUGACCUUCACCGUCCCCGGCAACUGCGAAUCGGAGCUUCUUCCUCUGCUGUUCCUUCUGGUGUCGAGCUCAACACCCUCCAAUCCGCCAUUGCAAAGAAAGAUAGCAGUGCGGUUAAACAGGCACUUGAUCAGCUAAGUGAAAUUGGUUGGGCCAAGAAAUGGAGUUCUCAGCCAUAUGUCUCGCGGCGUACGACUUCGCUUAGGGAGCUGACAACUCUUGGGAUUAAAAAUGCAGAAACUCUUGCAGUUCCCAGUGUCAGAAAUGAUGCGGCCUUUCUAUUCACCGUGGUAGGGACAACGGGAUUCUUAGGUCUUCUUGCUGGCCAACUUCCUGGGGAUUGGGGGUUUUUCGUACCAUACUUGGUCGGGAGCAUCUCUUUAGUAGUUUUGGGUGUGGGAAGCACUGCCCCUGGGCUUCUUCAAGCUGCGAUAUCUGGCUUUUCAUCAUUUUUCCCAGACUAUCAGGAGAGAAUUGCUAGGCAUGAAGCUGCUCAUUUCUUAGUUGCAUAUUUGCUGGGCCUUCCUAUUCUGGGAUACUCUCUAGAUAUUGGGAAAGAGCAUGUCAACCUUACUGACGAAAGGCUCGAGAAACUGAUAUACAGUGGGCAGCUCGAUGCAAAGGAACUAGACAGGUUGGCAGUGGUAGCAAUGGCUGGACUUGCAGCAGAAGGUCUGAAAUAUGACAAAGUGAUCGGUCAAUCUGCUGAUCUUUUCACUCUACAGAGAUUUAUCAACAGAAGCAAGCCGCAGCUCAGCAAAGAUCAGCAGCAAAAUCUUACUAGAUGGGCUGUUUUGUUUGCCGGAUCGCUCUUAAAAAAUGAUAGGGUGAUUCAUGAGGCCUUAAUAACAGCAAUGUCAAACAAGGCAACUAUCCUGGAAUGCAUUGAAGCAAUUGAGAAAGCUGCUUGAUUCAUUCUGCUCUGCUGCUGCUGUCAUGAAAUCUGACAUGCGUCUACUGCUUGAUCUUUUUCGUUCUCUCGUCGUUCUAAUUUUGCAGCUAUGAAAUUUGUGAGUUAUCUUUUCCUACUGGAUCACAAGAUAUAUUCAUUCAAUCUGUAUCAAGUAAACCCUAAGGCUACAAAGAUCAUUAUUGUAUCCUUGUAUUCCUGCAUCUCCAUUUACACGGGACUUAAAUGUCCGGGUGAUCAGAAAAUGUUUUCUAUAAUGUGGUAAUUUGAAAUUGCUCGAGGCUUGUAACUCAGUUGAUUUAGAUUUAGAGAAAUGCGUCUUCUCCU